AUGAUAUGGCUUCUGUCUAUCUAUCUAUCUAUCUAUCUAUCUAUCUAUCUAUCUAUCUAUCUAUCUAUUUGCUGCAGCCUUUUCAUUAUCUAUCUAUCUAUCUAUCUAUCUAUCUAUCUAUCUAUCUAUAUCAGUACAAAUGACCAUCCUUCUGCCUUCCUUUCGUUGAAGUCUCUCCUUUCUUUCUUUCAAAACUCGCCUUUUUUUCUAAUUUUUCAUUUUCAUUCAUUCUUUCUUUCUUCCUUAAUUAAUACUUUCUCUAAUUUCUUUUUUCUUUCUUUCACGUCUCAUGAUCGUUUCAUUCGUUUUUCUUUCUUUCUUUCUUUCUUUCUUUCUUUCACACCUCACCCUCACCUCUUUCCUUCUCUUUUCUUUCUUUCUUUCUUUCUUUCUUUCUUUCUUUCUUUCUUUCUUUCUUUCUUUCUUCAAACUCUGUCCUUUCUUUCUUCAAACUGUCCUUUCUACCUUUCUUUCUUUCUUUCCAUUAGUCCUGAUUUCAGCAUGACGCUAAAUCAUUUCUUUCUUUCUUUCUUUCUUUCUUUCUUUCUUUCUUUCUUUCUUUCUUCAAACUCUGUCCUUUCUUUCUUUCUUCAAACUCUGUCCUUUCUUUCUUCAAACUGUCCUUUCUUUCUUUCUUUCUUUCUUUCCAUUAGUCCUGAUUUCAGCAUUAAAUCAUUUCUUUCUUUCUUUCUUUCUUAUUUUUCUUUCUUUCUUUUCUUUCUGUCCUUUCUUUCUUCAAACUGUCCUUUCUUUCUUUCUUUCUUUCUUUCUUUUCUUUCUUUCUUUCUUCAAACUCUGUCCUUUCUUUCUUCAAACUGUCCUUUCUUUCUUUCUUUCUUUCUUUCUUUCUUUCUUUCUUUCUUUCUUUCUUUCUAUUAG